AUGCUCCGCCAAGGGCACAUUGCCAGGCCCAACGUGGAUGGGCCCAACUCCUCUCUCGUCCGCAAGAUCAAUUCCGAAAAGGGCCUUGCAGCGAUGAAUAAUGCCGUGUUGUCCGCCAUGAUGGCACGGACGGCUCAGAAUCUCCCCUUCGAGCUCUCGACCUCUGCGGCUGAGCUCCGCGACAAGGCCAAUAUGUCGCUGCAGCGUAUGCAUCUCUCGAUCCCGCCCUCGUUCGCGGCUUCCAUCGGCCUGGGUACUGUGACGCUAUCCCUAGCGGCCGUAUCGACAAGCCAGCUGCAGCCUCCCGCCGUCGAUGCCAUGUUUUUCCUGACGAGCGGUAUGAAUGGGCCAAGCGACUACCUCUCCUCCUACAAAGACUUCGACGACAACAAUGGCGUUCGAGCCCUCGUGCAGCAGCAAUUCGCCUACCGCCUGUUUGCGCGCGGCGUGCGCCUGCACAUCGAAGCGGUAGCAGCGGGGCAGUCAUUCGACUUGCACGGGUGGCUCAAGGCGAAGUCGUACGACCCCUUCACCCCCGCAAAGCUGCCUACGUACUCCUUCGAUGCCAAAGGUCUGUACACGAUCGCCGUGGUCAACACUGCUGGGAUCUCCGACAAGGACCGCUUCGAGGCCGCGUCAAAUAGCCUAGUCGAGCUGAUUGCGGAGAAGCAGGAGUAUUACGGUCGACAGUGGGUGCGCGACAAUUGGCAGGUCAUCAAUGACGAGUGGCUGGAUGCUCUUAUUGAGAACGAGAUCCUGGCCGAAGAUGACUGGACCACACGGCAACUCAAAGAAGGAUACUGCCGACUGCACUGGGACGAGAGGAAGUCCUGGCUAAGCUCCAAGUCGCGUUCGCCGCUGACCUACUACGUCGAGCACGAUGCGCGCCGUGGUCACUCCCUCCUCCCUGAAGACGUGCCCAAACUGGCUGCCCGCGCAAAGCGCAUCAUCCUCCAGCCGCUCGACCUCGACGAUAUUCUUGUGCUCAUCAACAGCAAAUUGUCUGAGAAAGAUCGGGCCGCUUCUCUCGAGGACCGCAUGCCGGGGAUCACUGCUGGUCUGUCUGCGAAGGGUCCGGCCCAGACACCGAGGCUCGGAAGCGUUGCCCAGGUCGUAAGCGCUCUCGCAGGCUCAUUGGACCUGCAGCGCCAGUACGAUGACGCGGCACGCCUGACUGGCCACUCCACUCCGGGCUGUGCAGCUAUGGUGCCUGACUACUUCGGCAGACGCAAGUCUGGGCACCCCACGGUGGCGCUGCUGCUCUUUACGGCGGCUCACUUGACGCGCUGCGGCGCGAAAGGUGUGGUCAAGCAGCUCCCGCUGCACCUGGUGAAGCUUGGCGCGGAGCUACACCAGCUGAUCGCAGAAGAGUGCCCGGGCGACUUCAAGGCGGAGAAGUUGGCAGCAGCAACGAGCAACUUCUGGUCGAAGCCGAAAGCCAACAUCAGCCAGGUGCGCGUCUCGUACCCGCGAGGACCAUAUCAUUUUCGCGACCUGAGCAAGGCCGUCUCAGCAAAUGGCAAUGGCGAUGGAUCUUCCCGCGAUGGCACACCGGAAGAGCCUUCGCAAGAUGAUCGUGGGAGCCCGGCAGCGGCAUACUCGGAGCUUGAGGCUGGCCGCCGCGACGUCCGCACCAUGUCUCUUGAGCGCCAGGAGGAGCUCAUCGCAUGCUUCCAACGCGUCGUCAAGAUGAUGAAGUCGGCAUUCAGCACAGCGGCUGACUUCCCCGUCAAUGAGGAUGGGAUGCCGGUUGCUUUCUUGCCCGACUCCAUCAAGACGCUGGAGCUGUUGGAGCUUGCGCAGGCCAGAUGGACGGGAGCUCAAGACGAAUGCGACGCUUUGUAG